AUGUCUUUGGACAGGGAUCUCAUCUCCGAAAGUCUUGGUUGUGAUUUCAUCUCGUCUCAGUCGUAUGCAAGCAAGCUUCAGUUUAGAUAUUUGAUUGUGAGGAAUGUUCCAGCUUUGGGUUGUGGUGAUGAGUUGUUAAAAUUGUUCAGUACCUAUGGAGAGGUUGAAGAGUAA